GGGCGAGCACUACAUUCUGUAUAAAUUAGAGUAGGGCACAACUGCUUGUAAUUCAAACAAGUGUCAGCAGUAGCUCAGCACUGUUUUCCUGGUUUGCAAAUCAGACCUUUCUGUUAAGAAACCAUGCAUUUUCAAAACCUUAACUGCAACUUUAUUCUAAUUGCCUGCUUGGCUGAUACUGAAGUCUUCACUGAUGUUGAUGUUCGGGAUGACUUUGAGACACUAUUCAGAGCCUAUGACAAGAAUGUGACCUUCCAGUUUUUUAAGAGCUUCAGGCGUGUACGGAUCAACUUCAGCAAUCCCAUUGCAGCAACUGAGGCCAGAAUUCAACUUCAUGAAACUGAGUUUAAUGGGAAGAAAAUGAAACUGUACUUUGCACAGAUCCAGAACAAAUCCUUCAGUAAAGGUAGCCCACACCUGGCUCCACCGCAUCCAGAAAAGCAGUUCCUUAUCUCUCCACCGGCAUCUCCUCCGGUUGGCUGGAAGCAAGCAGAAGAUGCCACUCCAGUUAUAAACUAUGACCUGCUAUAUGCAAUAUCUAAGCUGGGCCCAGGAGAGAAAUACGAAUUGCAUGCAGGUACUGAAACCACUCCCAGUGUUGUUGUUCACGUCUGUGAAAGUGACCCAGAACUGGAGCAGGAACAAGAGGAGGAAGAAGGCAGAAAUCGACCUAAACCAAAAAUCAUUCAGACAAGAAGGCCAGACUACGCUGCCAGCCAUUCUAAACAAAAGUGAACUUGACCACUUACUUUUUAUUCACUUGGACUCCUCAUGCAGAGAGCAAUCACACUACUGAGUUAUAAUGGGGAUACUGGACAGAAAGCAGUGUAACAGUGAGAAUGAUUGAUUGAGUUCCCAAACACACAACUGUAUGUGUACUGAGGCAGAAAUAAUGUGGGAAAUUUGUACUAUGUAAGUUCUGUUAUGUUUUCUGCUACAAGCCUGCAUAUAAUUUGCAAAGGCAUUAAAUAAGGACAGCCGGAGAGAGCAGCAGAAUGGUUAUAGUCCACGUGAAAACGUUGUGACUGUGGUUGGCGCUGAACAAUUUUUGUUAGUUGUCUGUUCUAUCAUUUUGAUGUCUUUGAAUGUUUGGAAUGACUUGUUCCCCCAAGGUUUUACUUUAUUUGCAUAUUGUUGCAAAAUUGCAGUUAAUCAUGUGGUGUUAGAGUGGCCUGCUAGAUAUUUGCAGUAGUGCUUUCCAGCAGAGCCAGCAUGUUUCGAAUUUUGGCAUAUUCAAUACUUAAGCAGGGAAAGUGAACUUAAUUGCAAACAGUAGCUCUUGCACAUAUUAAUUCAACCACUUAUCAGGAUCAUUUUAAAUAUCUCUGAUUUAGAGCAUUAUCUAAUAUCAAAGUGCAUCACAAAGGGUGAGUUGAUGAUUGACACACAAACCCUCUUGUGCUUUAUCUUUGUGUAUCUUCUGCAACAUAGCUACCUAUCUCCCUUGUGCUAAAACUAACCAUAUAUCCUGAGGCACAGGCUAUUGUGUGGAAACAUUAAAGAUUCAUUAUCCUAGUGGAUUUUUUUAGUUUACUGGCACAAGUCACGUGAGCUGUAUUACGAUUCCUUCACAGUGUAUCAUGCAUGACCAAUUCCACUUUAGUUUGUUCUCUUUUUAUCUUUUAAUGUUAGUGUUGAACAUAGAUACUAAAGCCCAUUGCAUUUAUGUUUCUUCUGACUGGUUUACUUGCACAGUGCUGUGUGCUUUCAGAAUGAUUAAUGUUACUAAUUAUUGUAAUGGCUUUUGCACUUCAUAAUCCAGAAUGAAGGCCAAAUACUGAGGAUAGAUACUGUAUGGAAUGGAUUGAAUUGCAAACCAAAAAAGUUUUCGGAAUGUGGUCAUAAUUUCUUCCCAAGCCACCUACCAAUUAUAGUUUUGAACUAGACAGCGGGUUGGGAAUAAAAGGGGACUAAAUCACCUGACUUUAUGUAGAAGGUUAGAAAAGGAAACACUUUGUUUUUAAAAGUACAAGACCUGUUAUUUGUGAGGAAAAAGCAGCAGAAAUAAGACUCAUUAAUGGCAAUUUGUUGUAACCACAAUCCUGUUUCCAAUUCCAUACGUACCACUACAUUCUACAAUGUUAUCAAAGCCUGAAAUAUUGGUUACUUGAGCUACCCAUUGAUUACUUGUUAAUGUGACUACCUUGAGUAAAUGUGGAAAGUACAAAUUUACUAAUUUGUGAUGUCUCGUCACAGUAUACUCAUCCUGUGUAAAAUAUUCAGACCUUUCAAGCUGUAUCUCUAGAAGUGUAAUAUCAGUAAACUAUUAAAUUAUUGGAUUGUGCUGUACAUAUUGUUCAUAUUUGUACAGAUUGGAAUAAUUGGGCAAAUGUGGAAUGUUUACAAAUAAAUACAUUUGCUUUAAA